AUGCGGGACCUCGGCGCUCCCGACGACUCGACGGCCCACGAGCCGCUGAUCGGCGGCCGCAGCUCGCGGGAGCUACCCUCGCCGACCGCGUACGAAUACGAUGAGAACGCCACAGACAUCGGCGCCGGCGCCGACGAGCAGCACGGCGAGGAUGUGGACGAGAGCAAGAUCGCCUCGCCGGGGCUGUUCAUAUGGGCGCUGACUUUCGCGGCGGGCGUGAGCGGACUGCUCUUUGGCUACGACACCCUGGUCAGCAUAGGGACGGAUCUGUCGGGCCGUUCGCUGACGACGCUCGACAAGUCGCUCAUAACGUCGGCGACGAGCCUGUUCGCGCUGGUGGCCAGCCCGGUCACGGGCGUGCUGGCGGACGCGUGGGGCCGCAAGCGGGUCAUCCUCGUCGCCGACGUGCUAUUUUUGGUGGGUUCGCUGGGCCAGGCCUGGGCGACCAGCGUGUGGGGCAUGAUUGUGGGGAGGAGCAUCGUGGGGUUGGCUGUGGGGAGCGCGAGCUUCGUCGUGCCUUUAUACAUUUCUGAGCUGUCUCCCUCUCCCUUCCGCGGCCGGCUGGUUACCGUGUCCAGUCUGUUCAUCACUGGCGGCCAGGUUGUCGCCUACAUCAUUGGCUGGCUAUUCUCCUCGAUGCCGCACGGCUGGAAGUGGAUGGUCGGUCUGGGCGCGCUGCCCGCAGUCCUCCAGUUCCUUACACUCGGAUUCAUGCCUGAGACGCCUCGCUGGCUGGUGAAAGCCAACCGCAAAGAGAGCGCCCGCCGUGUGCUCAGGAAGGUCUACGCCGCCGACGCCGCAGACGUCCGCAUGGACAAACUGGUCGAGGCGCUGCUGCGCCGCGUAGAAAAAGAGGUGCUGGAGGAAGAAGAGGCCGCCAACUCGCGCCGCCACCACUCCAAUCCCGGCUCCGCACCGAAAACAGGAAUCGCAGCCAAGGUCGCGGCCAUCAGCGACGGCUUCAGCGAGCUGGUCAACGUCGGGGCGCACCGGCGGGCGCUGGUGAUCGCGUGCAUGCUGCAGGGCUACCAGCAGCUGUGCGGCUUCAACUCGCUCAUGUACUUCUCGGCCACCAUCUUCGCCCUCGUCGGCUUCCGCAACCCCACCCUGACCAGCCUGUCCAUCGCCCUGACCAACUUCGCCUUCACCCUCGUCGCCUUCCACUCCAUCGACCGCAUCGGCCGCCGCCGGAUCCUGCUGCUGUCGGUGCCCGUCAUGGUCGUCGGCCUGGCAAUGUGCAGCGUCGCCUUCAACUUCUUGGACUUGCCGGACCAGGAAGAAAGCGCCUCGUCUGUUGCGGCCAUGGCUAUGGUCAUGACGAGAGCCGCGGAAGAGGAGGCGGGUGGUAGUGGUAGUGUGUGGGCUGUGAUGAUCCUGCUGGCUAUGAUCGUGUACGUGGCUAGCUACGCUGUAGGCAUGGGCAAUGUUCCGUGGCAGCAGUCUGAACUCUUCCCCCUCUCGGUCCGCUCGCUCGGCUCCGCCACGGCCACGGCGACCAACUGGGGCAGCAACUUCCUCAUCGGCCUGACCUUCUUACCCAUGAUGGAGACGCUCAGCCCCCAAGGCACUUUCGCCUUCUACGCCCUCGUCUGCGCCGCCUGCUGGGCCACCGUCUACCGCAUCUACCCGGAGACGGCCGGGCUCGGGCUCGAGGACGUCGGCGGCCUGCUCGCCGACGGCUGGGGCGUGCAGGAGAGCUUGAGGACUUGGGCGGAACGGAAGCGGAGGAGGGAGGUUGGGGAGGAGUAA